AUGGACCCUUACCAAAUUAUUUUUAUCAUAAACGAAGAUAUAGAUAACGUUUCUUUCAAAGUUAAUUACUUAAGAACAUUAGUAUGUCAAAGCUUUCCAAAUGUUUUGAUCGAUUUUAAAAACGUUGACGUACUUCAUAACACAACGAAAUGUGAUACUAAUUCUUUUCGAUACUGUGCUUUUUUUAUUGUGCUCUAUGAUCAAACUUCACGAAAAAAUUUGUUAGAUUUAGAAAAAUUGCAAGAUAGAUAUGUAGAGCUGUUUCCCAGAUCGCCAAGACCAAAAUGGUUGACAUUAUUAUCAACUGACAAUUCCGAUCAUACACGCGAAAUCAGCUUAGCCUUAGAGAAAUCAUGGAAAAAUAAAUUCAUGGACAUAACGAUCGUACAAACUGAUUUCCUUUUCGAUGAUCUUGUUGUGCACCAUUAUAAUCCUUUUAAAAAGCAUUUAACGCAACAGCAAUAUAGCAAAGACACAGCUGAUGUUUUUCCAGACAAAAUGCGAGAAAUGAAUGGAUACAGCCUGUCUACAAUUUUUUACGCUGAUCCACCUGGAAUAAGCAUAACUGAAGCUAAUGACGUUCCUAAAAUAUCUGGCAUAGAUUAUUGGAUUAUCAAGACGGUAUCUCACGUUCUGAAUUUUACUUUAAAAGUUUACGAUUUAGGAAAGUUCAACUUCUCCGGAAUGAUGAGUGCAAUGAGAGAGGGCAGCAUAGAUUUCAGCGGAAAUCAAAUUUAUUUUUGGAACAAUGAGCCAUUUGACAAAAGUACCAUUUUAAAGCCAGACGGUUAUUGUGUAGUGGUUCCUGUUAUUCAAGUACCCAGUGCGCGAGCCAAGAGUAGACUUUAUUUCGGAUUGCUGUUAACGCUAUUCCACAUAUUCAUCAUAGUAAACGCAUCAAAGCUAUUGAGGUUCGACAGAAAAAUAUGGACCUGGAUAAACGUUUUUGAAAUAAUACUUGGGAUGCCUGCACCGAAACUUCCGCCAAGUAUAGGCGAGAGAUCGUUCGUAGGAUGUAUAAUUGUAUUGUCGCUUACUUACACUUCGGUUUUCUACGCACGAAUGACGGACAGCAAUUUCAAGGCCACAGAGGAGGCGCCAUUGAACAAUUUCGUAGAUCUUGAUAAUUCAGGACUAAUUCCAUUGGUGCAUAAAGAUCUGUACAAUGUCACGUUUGAUGUUUUUGACAAUCAAAGCGUAGUCAUGAAAAACUUGAAGAGAAAAGCUCGUAUUUGGGAUGACGCAAUUAGUUGCGUGGACGAGCUUUCAAAAAAUAAAACUAUCGCGUGCAUUAUGAGCGAGCAGUUGGGCAACUUUUUGAUAAAUAAUUACAGAGAUAGCGACGGUAUGCUGACAAUGAGAGUAAUGCAGCCAUGCUUUUGGAUCACUUGGAGAGGCUACGCGUUUGCGCCGGGUUCGCCUUAUCAAGAAAAAUUCGAUGCAAUUAUGAUAAGGAUAUUCGAGUCUGGCUUAAUUAAAAAAUGGACCGGUAAUAAAGGUUUGGCAAGCGCUCGAAGGAAAUCACUAACUUUAGAUACUGGCUUUAUUUUCGAGCAUAUGUAUGUUAUACUUAAAGCUGGUUACUUCUUGUCUUGUUUCACAUUUUUUGUCGAAUUGAUAGUUUAUUACUUUUUGUCUUAA